UUUUUACUUCAGAAAAUAUUCGAAAUAAAUAUUUGAUAGAGAGAUUAAAGAAAUUUCCAAUCUGUUAUUUUUGUGAUUGCAAUCAUGGAUGUUUUUAGAAAUGUGGUUUUAUCUCGUAACAUGAAACUUUGCUUUCUUUGUUUUAAGAAAAACGAACAUUUGGAAAAUAUUUUUGGGGAACUCUAUAUUUACGAAGAAAAUACAAAUUUAACUUCUUGUGUUUACACUAUGAUGAUGUACUUAUUUCCUUCACAUGAAAUUAUGUUUGAAGAAGUAUGUGAAAAUUGCACUAAACUUAUUCUGUCUAUGUAUCUCACUUUACGAAGAUAUGACACCAAGAAAAUGAUGUGCAGUAUAAUAGUGGAUAAUAUAAUUAAUGCUUUGACUAAAAAUAAAGAAAUCACUAACCAGCCAAUAAAAUUACACAUCAAAGUGCCAAUAUUUGAUAAUGUCAACAAGGAUAAGAUUGGUAUUAAGAAAUGUAAUGAUAAUGUUAAUUCAGAAGGACUUCAUGGAGCUAUUGAAAACAUAUGCAUAAAAAAUGAGUCAACCAUUUGUGAUACUUGUGGAAAAGUUUGCGAAACACCUAAUUCAUUAAAAGCUCACCUAAAUUGUCACAGACAAAAAGCAUGUCCAUACUGUUCAAAAAUUUUAAAAACUCAUUCCCAUUUUAAGAUACAUGUAAAAUGUCAUGAAGGUAUUAAAAGGGUACACCGAAAAGAUAAAAGUAAUUAUUACUGUAAUGAUUGUGAAUAUAGGAGCUUGAAUAAAUGUACUUUACAAGCUCAUAUUAAUAAAUAUCAUCUUCACAUAAGACCUUUUGUCUGUCAAAUUUGUUCAAAAGGAUUUUAUAAGAAGAGUAAUCUAACAGAACAUGCAAUGACACACACAAAUGCGAAAAAUUUGACAUGUGAGCAGUGUGGUGUAAAUUUUGUUUGUAGGAAAACAUUAUUAGAACAUUUACGUUUACAUUCUGGAGAGAAACCGUACCAAUGCAAUAUUUGUAAAGCGAAGUUCAUCACUUCAGGACGCAGGUCAGACCAUUUUAAGAGGAAACAUGGCACGAGAAAUGAAUGUUGUAGUAUUUGUGGAAAAAUUUACGCCCUAGUUAAGGAUUUAAAUGCACACAUUAAAAGAGUCCAUGCACAGAAGGUGGACAAUCCAAAAACGCAUUUUCAUCAGUCUAAUUAUGAGUUUUUGGAUGACACUGGAGAUGUGUUGCCAGUAUUAAGUAGUAUUUGAAUAUAUAUUUUGCUUUAAGUAGGUACAUAGUAUAAUAAUUGUAGAUGUAGAUAGAUUGUAGACAAUCUUGAAUGUCAAGAACCAACAACCAAGAAAUUAAGGCUUUUAAGCUUCUUUAGAUAAUUCUUUAAUUUUUCAGGUCAGAAAACUUUUCUUAAGAGAGAAAUAUUUGUAAUAUUUGUUCAGAAAUAUUUGUUUACUUAAGCUGUAUUUUUAUGUAAGACGUUUUGUAUUGUAGUAAAAUAAAAACAAAACAAUUUAUUAUUAAAUCUUAUUAUUUUAUUUUGUAAAAAAAUUAGGUACAAAAGGUAUUUUAUUAUAAUAAUUUCGCAAAUAUUAUUUUUACACUAUACAAUAAAUAUACAAGUACGGCAGUAUCAUGAGUAUUUUUCAAGGUUUUUUUUUAAUCUUAAAUAAUAAGUCUUAAACACUUAUUUAGAUCACUUCAAGGUACAAGAUUCAAAUAUUGGUGCG